CGCUCCGUGAGCCAGCUGCUGCAGGGGCGGGUAGCGGAUGUGAUCCGGUCCGGGUGUUCCGGCCGCCCGGUCCUCUCCACUGAACUCCAACCCCCGCGCUCUCUAUCAGCAUCUCAUUCCUGUCUCAAUAUGUCUCAAGAUGGCGGCCAAUGCAGGAUCGAUGUUUCAAUAUUGGAAGCGCUUUGACUUACAACAACUACAGAAAGAACUAGACGUCACCGCCACGCAGCUUGCCAACAGACAGGACGAGAGCGAACAGUCCAGGAAGAAACUCAUCGACCUGAGCCGCGAGUUCAAGAAGAACACUCCAGAGGAUUUACGGAAACAGGUUGCCCCUUUGCUUAAGAGCUUCCAAGGAGAGAUCGAUGCCUUGAGUAAGAGGAGUAAAGAAGCAGAGGCCGCCUUCUUGAACGUGUACAAAAAAAUAAUCGAUGUCCCAGAUCCUGUACCUGUGUUGGAGCUGGCUCAGCAGCUGCAGCUGAAGCUCCAGAGGAUGCACGACAUUGAGACAGAGAACACCAAACUUCGAGAGACACUGGAGGACUACAACAAAGAGUUUGCAGAGGUUAAAAACCAAGAGGUGACCAUUAAGGCCUUGAAGGAGAAGAUUCGCGAGUACGAGCAGUCUCUGAAGAAUCAAGCCGAGAACCUGGCCCAAGAGAAGCAGCUCCAGCUACACAACGACUAUGCAGAGAAGGAGAGGAAACUCCAGGAGAGCCAGGACUCCAUGUCCUCAAGGUUGGAGGAGGCCGAACAGAAAGCCCGGUCCCUACAGACAGCACUUGAAACAACUCAGGCCGAGCUCUUUGAUUUGAAGACAAAGUAUGACGAGGAAUCCACAGCAAAGGCUGAUGAGAUUGAGAUCUUGAUGACAGACCUGGAAAGAGCCAAUCAGCGAGCAGAAGCAGCUCAGAGAGAGGCAGAGUCAGUCAGAGAGCAGCUGUCCUUGAGCAACCAAUCCCAGCAGCUCAGCAGCCCGGCCAAGGCUGACCCAAACACGGAACAGUCGGAAGAGGUGGCGUCCCAUUCAAAUCUGGAGGCGGAGCUCAGGGCCAAAGAAAGGGAGACUGCCCAGCUGGUGGAAGAUGUGCAGAGACUGCAGGCCAGCCUGACCAAACUCCGAGAGACCACCAGCUCCCAGAUCUCACAGCUGGAACAGCAGCUUAGCAGCAAAUCCGAAGUUCUGAAGGAGCUGGAGGAGAAGCUGCAGAAGCAAGCUGACUAUGAGGAGGUGAAGAAGGAGUUGAGUAUCCUCAAGGCUAUGGAGUUUGGAGCAUCCGACUCUGUGCAGGACUCAUCCAAACCCCUGGAGGUGCUGUUACUGGAGAGGAACCGAAGUCUUCAAUCGGAGAGCGCCGCUUUGCGCAUCGCCAACACCGAGCUGAGCGGGUCAGCCGGGCGAAAAGGGACAGAAGAGUCCACAACGAAGGAGGAGACCGCGCCAAGCGACCCCUCUUCCUCACCCCCUCCUCCCCCUCCCUCUCUUCCGUCCUCCUCACAGCGCCCCCUGUCUCGCACUCACACGGACCCUCUCAACACUGCCACCACCACCACCAGCAGCAGCAGCAACAGCAGUGAAACGCUCCAUUUCGCUCCUACGGGCAUUGGACAGGACUUCUACUCCCCCGUCUUCCCUCUGGUGGGUGGUAAGAUGGCUUUGAACUCCUUGAUUCAGCGGCAGCUGCUCCAGACCUUCUACUCAAAAGCCUUGCAGGAGUCCUCUGGAAUCCCCAGUGGGGCUCUACUGUUCACCCCCUUCACGCCAACCCUCAGCUCCAUCCCUACCUCCACCCCUGGCUCAGGGUCUGCUGCCAUCCCUCUGGCAGCCAGCAGCCCCCAGCCACCUCCAGCCAGCCCUGACAUGGCUCCUGUUAACGGGAGCAGUACAGCUGGCAGCGCCCCCUCCCCAUCACCAAGCCACUCUGAUGCUAAUACAGGAAGUGUUUUGGACGGGGAGGACAUGGACACAGCGGAGAUUGCUCGGCAAGUGAAAGAGCAGCUGAUCAAGCACAACAUUGGUCAGCGUGUGUUUGGUCAUUAUGUGCUGGGACUGUCCCAGGGAUCAGUCAGCGAGAUCCUGGCCAGACCAAAGCCGUGGAACAAGCUAACCAUCAGGGGGAAGGAGCCGUUCCACAAGAUGAGGCAGUUCCUCGCCGAUGAGCAGAACAUCCUCGCUCUGCGCAGCAUCCAGGGACGGCAGAGAGAGGGCUCAGGCCAGCCCCAGCUUAGCCGAGUGUUUCAGGACGCUCCGAAGCGGAGAACCCUCUCCGAUACAGCUUCACACACAGGUAACAUCACCGCUCGUGUGCGCACCCCAGAGGCAGGUUCUGAUGAAGCUAUCAAGUCCAUACUGGAGCAGGCCAAAAGAGAGCUGCAGGUGCAGAAAGCUGACUUGUCUCAUGCUCAACCGUCCUAUGCAGGACUGAAAGGGGGAGGUGGAAUAGGAAGUGGAGGGGGGAGUGGAUCAGACGAAGCCAUCCGCUCCAUACUAGAACAAGCUCGCAGGGAGAUGGAAGCCCAACAGGCCGCACUGGAGCCCAUCCUUAAAGCCUCAUCUUCCUCUUCGUCAUCAGUGUCACUAUCACAGAGGGACAUCCUGAGCUCAUCUCUUACCGCCCCGCUCCCCCCUUACAACCCCCUGGCCCUUUCCCUCAAGAAACCUCCCAGCUCCCUCUUGUCCUCGCCCUCAUCCCCGUCUACAAUUCUGGACUUUAGCUCCAGCGUAAAGAGAGAGGGCCGCAGCUCUUCGGGGGUCGACAUGUCUGCUGACGGAGCUCUCAGGAUGGGUCGGAGCUCAGAGGGACUGUCCCGCUCCGGAAGUGCCGGAGGAGCAGGUUACUGGAGAGAGCAGUGGUGGACCAACAUGCAGACGGAUCCGCGAAGGACCAUGUCCAGCCAGACAGGAGAAGAGAACCACAACCAGGAGGACUCUAAAGAGGGUAUACUGACCGACAGUCUGUCUCGACACAAACCGUGGAACAAGUUGAACCAGAGGAGCAGAGAGGCGUACCUCCGCAUGCAGCCUUGGCUCAACGGAGACCAGGGGCAAAACGCACACAUCCAGCAAACUCAGAACCAAGAGGGUACUCCCAAGACAUCAGCAAGCUGCAGCCCCGCUCCAGAGUCCCCCCUCAGUUCAGCUGAAGAAUCUGUCAAUGGUCUCACUGGGGACCCACUUGCGUCACAGUCCUCCAGUCUCAAACCUCCGUCUGAGGAUCCUUCAGGUGGGGAGUCUCAGCCGGGCACCCCGCUGCCUCUACCAGGUCACUCGGGUCUGAGCAUCCAGGAGAUGGUUGCAAUGUCUCCUGAGCUUGAUACCUAUGCCAUCACCAAGAAGGUUAAGGAGGUGCUAACUGAUAAUAACCUGGGUCAGCGUCUGUUUGGGGAGACUAUCCUGGGUCUCACUCAGGGCUCUGUCUCAGACCUGCUGGCCAGGCCUAAACCCUGGCACAAGCUGAGCCUGAAGGGCAGGGAGCCCUUUGUCCGCAUGCAGCUCUGGCUCCAGGACCCACACAGCGUGGAGAAACUUAUGGACAUGAAACGCCUGGAGAAGAAAGCAUACAUGAAGAGGCGGCUGAGCUCCUUGAGUGAUGGCCAUUCUGUGGACGGAGGCUUGGUGGGGUCAGAGUACAUGCAGGGCUCCCAGAGCCCAGGGCAGCAGCAGCUGAAGAAGCCCAGGGUGGUGCUGGGCCCUGAGGAGAAGGAGGCUCUGAAAAAGGCUUAUCAGCAGAAGCCCUAUCCCUCCCCCAAAACCAUUGAGGAGCUGGCCUCCCAGCUCAACCUAAAGACCAGUACUGUUAUCAACUGGUUCCAUAACUACAGGUCACGUAUCCGGCGAGAGCUCUUCAUAGAGGAGAUCCAGGCAGCUGGAGGGGUAGGGCCUGGCAGCGAAGCGGGGUCGCCUUCCCUCCGUGGGUCCAAAUCAGGAGAAGGGGACAGCUGUGAUGGGACGGAAUCUGAGGGCACAGUGGAGACACGCCAAUCUCUGGGCAUUGGCCUGGAGGAUCACAGAGGAACAUGCAAAGACCACGACAUGGAGGCUGAGUCUGAGGCAGGGGGCUCUAAUAAUUCCCCUGCCCAGUUAGACUGCACCGCCACAGGCUUGGCCGGGCCGGGCUCCAGCGGUGGACAGGGUGGACUGGGGCUUUUCAGCCUCACAGAGGCAUCCUCCAGUAGCUCUGCCUCUAGUACUAACAUCCCAGCCUCUGGCCCUGCCAGGAACCCCAGGGACAACAAUCUGCGCAAGAAGAAAGCAGCCAAUCUCAAUAACAUCAUCCACAGGCUGGAGAAGGCUGCCAGCAAAGAGGAUCCCUCAGAGUGGGAGUUCUAGCUCCCCCCUGAUCAUCCUUCAUCCUUCUCGUCUCAUAACCUCACGACCUCUAACCUUGGACCCCUCCUGCUCUGUUCCAGUUGGAGAGUGGACACAGCCAAAGUCAAGCUCAGCAGCCAUUUUUAUUACAUAGAAGCUUUCCAAAAAGAGGAAAGAAACAAAGAGUGGUUGGCAAAACCCUUAAAAAGAAGAUUUACUGAAUACGUAGAAGAACAAAAUAAGAGAACUUAAUUGUUUCUCCUGUUUUUUUUUGUUUUUGUUUUUAAAAACUGCGUUUUGUUUUUGUACUGAGAAAAGCACUUAGCCGUCCUGCUGGCCUCUGGCCCUGCUGUACCUCCCCCUAUCACCAGCCACUGGUGCACCAGACUGGUUAGUCCUGAGCUGGGGUCUGACCCACAGCUGGGGUUGAAACCUGGACUCAGUAACACAGGCAAGGCCUGACACAGCAGCUGUCACAGUGAUAGACACUGAUAGAUGAUAGAUAGAGACAGGAACUCUCUUACAAGAACUCUCACUUUCUUAAAGGAGAUUUUUUUCCGCUCUUCUUCUCACCUCCCAAGUGUCCACAAACCUCCCCUCACUCAGUGAGAUGCCUCAUUUUUCACACUGUAGAGUGACUGUUACAAACCCUUUGCCUUUUUCACUCACUGCGUGUGUGUGCGUGUGUUUGUAUGUUAGGGGUUGUGUCAGUGUGCACCUGUGUGUGUGUGCGAGAGUGUAUACACACCCAGAAAAAAGAGAAAAAAAAGAAAUGGUGUGUGUAUGUGUAUUCUCUUCUCAAUGGCAGCAUGUUUUCAUUUUUUUAAUCUCACUUCUACACUCUUAAGAGGGUAGUUGAAGGCCUGCUGGCUGAGCUGCCAUGGUUACUGGUGUAAGAACGAUGAACUUUGACCUGUUGUGUCCCAUAUCCUAUCCUGCUGACAGCCAUGUGAUGGCCAGAAGGAUGUGUAAUUCCUCACAAAAUACACACACUCAUCUGAAGAGGAAGGAAGGAAGGAAGGAACCCUCUUUUUGCCUCCUUAAACCCUUCUUUUUAGGAUGAAGGAUGAUCUGUGUUUUUUCUUUGUUUUGUUUUUAAAUAUUGCAAUUUGGUUGCCAAUAAGAGAUUGCACAGUCUAUUGACUCUAAAGAGUACAAAAAUAGGGAAUUUUAGGAAACAUUUUUAAUUAGUACAAAAUAAGAACAGAAAAGACAAGAAUAACAAGUUACUGUUUAAAAAAAAAAAAGAAACAAACAAACAACAACCUUAGAAUGGAAUAAUGUUGCAUUGUUGACAUACAAUACAAUGAAUUCACGUAGUACUGUAGCUGUCUGACAUGGUGAUACUAUACGUGUCUCUAGUUGUUUUCGGUUGUGCACGUCACAACUUUGCCCAGCACUGGACCUGCUGGGUGGGUGUGUUUGUGUGUGUGUGCGUGCGUGCGUGCGUGUAUGUCCGCACCACCGACAAAAUUUUCUCUGUUCACAAACACACAUCUUUUUAUAGGCCAAAUCAGGAAGAGUGUGUGUACGUGUGUGUCUGUGUGCAUUUGUUAUUUGCCUGCAUGUAAGUCGGGGUUGAGGUCAGUUCACUCAGAAUUGGACCGAUCUAUCGAUCGAUCGAUUUGUCAAUAAUGAAAUUCUUGACGGAAAAUGGGUAUUUUUUUUUUUUUUUUAAGCAAAUGAAUUGCAGCGUGCAGAAACUUCUGCUGGUGAAUUCGCCCCAACCCUGGUGUGAGUAGUUACCACUCUCCUCCAGUUUCUCCUGUAUCCAGGGAUGUAAGUCUUUUUUGCAUUGAAUUCUACUGUAUACACUACAAAUUAUAAGGCAUAUCACCUCCUCCCUGUCCCACACAAGCCCUCAGUGCCUGUCAGCCCACUGCCUCCCCUUUGUUUGUGUGUGUGUGUGUGUUUGUGUGCGUGUGUGAGAGUUUGCGUGGAUGCAUGUGCACGCACGCCCGUCAAUACAUGCGUGUGCACAAAGCGUGCGUGAGACUCGAGUGUUCAGUGUUUCCAAUGAGUGGGGUCAUAUUUCGUAUCUUGCACACACUACUAGUGCACAACUGACACCCUUCUUUAAGCUGUUUGAUGCGUUACCAUUACAUUAAUCUUCUCACAAAGUAGUGUAAUACUAUGAUUUACUGUAGCUUGGUUUUAUUGCUAUUUUGCAUUUAUAGUUUGGUUUUUAUUCCGCUUAUUUAUAGGUGCUGUAUUUUUCAUUUAAUGUCUUAUCAUUUGAGUUGUCUAUUUUUUAAGGGAUUAUACUGUUCCUGAGGGCAAGUAACAUUUUUAUUAGACGUAUAGACUGCCGGCAGUAUUGGUUAAUAUUUACAAAGAUGUACUAGUUCUCAUUUGUUUGUAUAUUCAUGAAUCCUAAAGUUUAGUGUCAUUUCAAUAGCUUUUGAAAGAUGUGUUUUGCUACAGUUCAUGCUCCCGUAAGCAUAAAAAGCUCUUACCACAACUGUUAUGCUCACACACACACACACACACACACACA